GGUGAACCCCCAUGCCAGUUUUACUUGAAAACUGGAACCUGUAAAUUUGGGGCGUCAUGCAAAUUCCACCAUCCAAAGAAUGCUGGUGGAUCCAUGACCCACGUUCCACUAAAUAUAUAUGGAUACCCAGUACGAGAGGGUGAUAACGAAUGCUCCUACUAUUUGAAAACGGGGCAAUGCAAAUUUGGUAUAACCUGUAAAUUUCAUCAUCCUCAGCCUGCUGGUACAACUGUCCCACCACCACCACCAGCAUCUGCACCUCAGUUUUAUCCAUCGGUGCAGUCACUUAUGCCUGACCAGUAUGGAGGUCCAUCUUCUAGCUUGAGAGUUGCAAGAACUCUUCUUCCCGGUUCUUAUAUGCAAGGCGCCUAUGGUCCAAUGCUAUUAACCCCCGGGGUCGUUCCUAUUCCAGGCUGGAGUCCUUAUUCGGCACCUGUGAGCCCUGCUCUAUCUCCUGGUGCGCAGCACGCUGUUGGGGCAACUUCUUUAUAUGGAGUUACACAGCUCUCUUCCACCACUCCUUCGCUUCCCGGGGUUUAUCCAUCUCUGUCCUCUCCUACAGGUGUUAUACAGAAAGAACAGGCCUUUCCAGAGAGACCUGGUGAACCAGAGUGCCAAUACUAUUUGAAAACAGGAGAUUGUAAGUUUGGAACAUCUUGUAAGUUUCAUCAUCCUCGAGAUCGGGUUCCACCAAGAGCUAAUUGCAUCCUCAGCCCCAUUGGUCUUCCUCUACGCCCGGGUGUGCAACGCUGCACUUUCUACUUGAAUGAUGUGUGUUGUUAA